AUUCAAUUAAAAAAAAACAAUUUCCCAAUGGGAAAAAGUGAUCUUCCAACAAUGCGAAAGUUCAAAGAUGAAAUAAAAAAACACACAAAUAAACUUGUCCAUCACUUUCCCACAUUAAGCUAUUUUAUAAUUUUUCCAUUUUCACACAAACAAAAAAGAAUGCGCAUUUGUUCUUCCUCGCCAUCCUCUCUCCUCCUCUCUAUGUGCCCUUUCUGUUCAAAAAAGUCUUCAAUUCCCAAUUUUACUCCUCCGAUUCGUCAAUCUCGUACCCUGGGAACCGUAAAAAUUUCAGCUUUUUCUCUUCUCACCGGAAAAAAAUCGCCAGAGUUUUCCAGAAAUUUGGGUUUUUGACGGCGGGAUUCUGGGUUUUUGUUUCUCUCGGAGAAGUAAGCCAGCCAAAGACUAAAUUUUGACGAUUUUGGGGAUUGUUGGGUGUGACUUGGAAGAGAAAUGAUAGAUAUCCCUGGAACACCAGGGACUUUGACUGGUUUGGUCUUGAGAAUUUCGCAGUGUGUUUUCGCUGCUGGCUCGAUUUCUUACAUGGUUACUUCCGGUGGAUUCUUCAACUUCACUUCUUUCUGCUACUUAAUCGCAGCAAUGGCAUUACAGCUGAUAUGGAGUUUCGGUCUAGCGAUACUUGACACCUUCGCAUUAGUGAGAAAGAAAACGCUACUAAGCCCUGUUUUGAUCAGCCUCUUUGUAGUUGGAGAUUGGGUCACGGCGACAUUGUCUUUAGCCGGAGCCUCGUCCUCCGCCGGGAUAACCGUUUUAUACUUUGUGGAUUUAGGAAGCUGCAGCUUUGAAGCAGAGUGUUGGAGGUAUCAACUCUCUGUUGCUUUAGCUUUCCUUUGUUGGAUCACUAUAGCCAUUUCUUCACUUACCACACUUUGGUUACUUGCUUCUGGCUAAUUAAAACCAAGAAAAGUUCAACACUUUCUUGUACAAGUUCCAUAUAUAUAUAUACUUACUAAACAAAACUCAUUUGAGAUUUUUGAUUCUUUAGUUUGUUAAUAGAAACAGAUUACACCAUUUUUUUUUUGUUAACUCUUCAUUGUAUACUGAAAUUUACUGUUGCCAUUAAGUCCAAGGUUUUCUCCUUUUUUAGUAAUUGAUUGUAAAUUUAAUGUUACAAGUUAACAGAUUUUUGAAUUGAGGUAAAUGCUCUUCUUCUUCUGCUUUUGCUAUUUCCGUCUUGAAUUUCCGAGUUUGCACAGUGGUACUAAAGUAGAUAUAUUCAUAUAUAUCAUAGGUUUCAGCUGUUUAAAAGAUAGUAUAUAAUCAUAGGUUUUUUCGGUUGGAUCAAACUAAAAAUAGUACAAACAUGAAAAAUUCGGUUGGUGGG